GGCUUAAUCUCAAGGUUUGGCAUUUGUACUAUUCGUGCGAAAUCAUCAACUAAUGCAUAUGGCGCUGGAAUUCUCCCAGCCAUCUAUCCGCUCUGACUCCUCCAGUAGGCUCGAUACCAGCCACCUUGCACGGCAUACUCGUUGGCCAUUCCGGCGUACCGACCACUAUCCCAUCCUCGGUACAUGCUCCUAUCAACCACCGAGUAGAGUAGUGAAGAGUCUGCUCCUCCAGCUCGUCUGAGACCACUAUUGUCGUUCUGCCACUCAAAUUCGCACUGUCCAACUCCAACUCGACAUUCAUGUUCUUCCUCCGCCGUCCGCCUUCCGCUCCAGAUGAAAUCUAUUCAUCUUGUCUAUCGACGCUACACGAGGGCCACGCCCUCUGGUACCCGGAGCCCCACGCCUCAGGCGAGCCGCAAAUCGGAGACGUCGGCUUCAUACGCAAGGGCGCAUUCAUCAGACUCUUCAACCUCGACACAUCUGCACCCGAGAAAAAGGUGGUAGAGUGGGACUUACCGUUCGAGAUCACAGAGCCCUUGCCUCGGGGUGUGCUCAAGAUCGAUCCCAGGCGUCGUCCACUCGUUCCCGCCCAUUAUCGCAGUCACGGAGUGGAGAGCAGGCAGGCGCAUGCUUCGGCAGACAUAACGACUGGCGCGAACGUAUCGGCGACUCUGAGCGCGGAGUACACGUGUAAGGCGGCCCAAGGCGCCGUGCUUGCGCUGAAGAGCGAGGCGGACGCACAAACGAUCUACGACAACGUAUUCCUGAAGGAGUACAUUGUCCGACACCACGAUAAAUGGUACGCAUAUGCCAGAGGUGUCCUCGGCCACGAUAUCAAGCGAGGGGAGGUCGUCAUGAUCAUCGGCUGGGUCAAAACCGAAGCUGACUGGGCGACGGUCGCCUUCAGCAACACGAGCACGAGUUCCAGCGUCUCUGUCAAAGGCCAUGCUGGUGGUAUUGCGGGGCUGGACGUGAGCACGUCGCACGCGAGUUCUGUGACUGGCCCGACGAUGCAACGACAGGGUGAGAACUACCUGGCCAAUGCUCCCGGACCUGUUCCUGCAGCGCCGAAGAGAGACCAGUCAGUCCUCGUGAAGCGGUACAAGGUGCGGAAGUGGUUUGGGGUGGUGAAGAAAGUCGUUGCGGGUGGGGGCUACCACCGGCUUCAGGAUGGAGGAGAUGGGAGAGGUGGCUCAGCAGAGGAAGGGAUCUUGGCGCAAGAGAUGGGAGAUAUCGACGAGAAGAAUAUUCUGGACCUACACCAGGGCGAAGUUCCUGAUCCAUUAGACGUCCUUCUCGACUAUAUACUUGAGGGCGGCAAGUCGGUGGUUGAUUUCGCAAGUUAUCUUCGUCGAAUGCAGCUUCCAGUACAUGUCAACGGCACAGGUGAGUCUCUGAUCUGCUAG